AUGUUGCCUGCCCGCUGCCUGACCCUGGACAGGUACAAGUCCUGGACGGAGGGCAGUUUUGAGUGGGUUCAGUUCCAGGUGGUUCUGACUCCACCAGUGGACCAGCUUUCCCAUCUCCUGUCUGCAUGCAGACUCGUCACUGUCCCAGAUCAGACCGAUUACAAUGGUGUCGUCCACAUACUUCAGGAGUUUCACAGAAGAGUCCCCUCAGGUGCAAUUAUUGGUGUAGAGGGAGAAGAGCAGUGGGGAGAGGACCCAACCCUGGGGGGCGCCAGUGCUGCAGCGGACUCCAGAACGAGAAGCAAGCAAGCAGAAAGUGGAAAGAAAGAUGAAGAACAAGAAGAGGGCUACUCCACAGUAUCUCACACCGCUUCCACUUUGGAUAAGACCUCUUAUCGUGAUUCCCAAUUGAGAACUGAUUCUCUGGAAGGCGCACCAAAGACUCUCAGCCUCAAAGAGGCUCUGGAGCUCUUCAGGCCUGACUUCAUCAGCCGAUCUCAGGGUCGGGUGAGGAGGUUGGAGCAGAGGGCAAGGAGAAGGAAAGCACUGCAGGACUCCAAUCCAGACCUGGUGCAGGGCCUCGGGGAAGAUCGAGGCGCGCAAAAGAAGAACUGCACCACACCGGACCCACUUAGCGAUAACCUUUUCAAGCCUAGAGAGAGGUCUAUAUCAGGCAGAGAGAUGCAGCUGAGGUCCAGACGGAUUUACAACAAGCUGCCAGAGGUGACAAAGAAAAAGGAGGAGGAGAAAAAGAGGGCUGUGUCACAGACCAACAGACAGCGAGCGGAAGUCUUUAAAAAGAGACUUCUGGACCAGAUCCUGCAAAGAUAAACCUGGCACUGAAAGGAAACUGGGGUCAAUUCACUGCUCAUUCUUGCUCCUUGUGUAUUAAAAAUGGCGGUUUAUUUUAUUCAAGUAAUCAUCUAUCCAAAUCACUGCCAUGCCUGAGCAUAAGUGUUUCACAAGGCUUGAUUUCUGCUAAUACAGUGUUGUAUCAUUGCAUUUAUCAUCGGGCAAUUACCUGUAACAUCUAUAUGAUUUUAUUUGACAUGCAACAGAGACAUGUAUGAGUUUCUCCAUAUGGCACUUUGGCAGAUUCAUUCAUUUGUUGACCACAAUCACUCUAAAAAGUAUUCUAUUGAUAAAAAUAGUUGAUGAUUUGAAGGGCGUAGCUAUUAAUUGUUGUCGUGUACAGAUAUUGACAAAGCCCAGCCUCUCCCACCUCCCACCCACAUGCUCAUAAUUAAAAAACGAGAUGGGUUUGCCACUUGAAGUAUUAAUCUCAUUUUCCUGCUCAAGUUAACAUCGGUGAUUAAAUGGAGCACAGAUUAAUCAUGUAAUUUACCUAAUUUCUUUCUCGCUAACAUCCUUCCUUAUCAAACAUAUAUUGGCAAAUGAAAUAAAAGUAUUCCAAGGGUAUUCUGAGUUGAGGACGGUGUCAUUUUCUAGGAAAUUGAGUGCUGAACACCUUGACUCUGUCAUUGGCACAGUCCUGUAGGCGUUCGCGGAGUGCG